AUGGCUAGUCAUUCUCGACGUGCCUUAAGGGCAACAGCCUUUGACGAACGUCAUCCCUUCUCUCCUGCAACGUCUGCAGCUAGCCGCGAGACGUUGACCGAGAGUGACCUUGGCUUCGAGUCACUGACUGAGAGCAUUAACCACGCCAUCGAGACUGGCGACUGGACUGGCGUCGCCGUCUCGGCCGAAUGCACAUCGCCUUCACGCGCGCGUGCAGUCUCCGAUCCUACAGUUGGUUCCGAACACCUUCAGCCCAUGAGAAAUUUGGCCGGUGCUGCUUUCGCCAGACGUCUUCGCAACUCAUCACAAGUCCCAACACCAGCUUCAUCACGAAGCGACUCUUCGGAGUUUCAGUUCCCGGCACGUGACUAUUAUCAACCUUCUGCAGCAACCAACCAGCCUCGCGAGCCUUCUGUAUCCUCCAAGCAGUCAUCAAAGCCCGCAUCCUCUAACACAAACUCGACUGCGGGCUCAAGGCCAAAGCGAGUAGUCAACAUCACCACCGCGAGCCUCUCCAGCUCACGCCCAGUAUCACGAGAUGCCCAAAGCACUUCGUCACGCGGGGCUACCUCGAGGCCCGUUUCACGUGAUGCUCACAUCACUACAGCUCGCGAAACCACCACAAGGAGGCACACUUAUCGCGAUGAACCAAGCUCUACCGUUCGCGACGCCUCAUCAAGGCCCGCUUCACGCGAUUCCACCAACCAUUCACACAAUGCCACCACAAGGCCCGCCUCACGAGAUGCCACCAGCUCCUCUUCGCGCGAUGCCAGCUAUAGGCCGCCCUCAAGAGAUACUACUAGCUCCUCGUCCUCACGCAAUACCACCUCGAGGCCGGAUUCACGAGAUGCGCCCAGCUCCACAUCGCAGGAAGCUGCAUCGAGGCCGAAUUCACGAGACCAUUCGGAUCCUACAUCUCGAAGCACUUCAGGAUCACUAUCUACACCUCCUAGUUCACUUGGGUUCGGCGCCGGUGGAGCCGAGAACACAGCCCAGAACAAUCAUAUCCAAAACCUUAUGCUAGAUGGGCUUCAGCUUUGCGAGCACAAAGCGAAAGAUAUUCGCGAGAUACGCCCGGCUCGAAAUACACCCUUAUAUCAAGAUAAGAAGCUGCCCAAGGAGGAGAGGCAGAUCAUGGAUCUAUUGGAGCAGCUGCGCAACGAAGUUCACAUGCUCAAAGAUCACAACAACAUGCUCCGCGAACAGAACAAUCUGCUAGAGCAAGGAAAUAUGCGGCUACAGGCGACAAACGAUACUAAGGAUGAUUUGGUUGCCGAUCUCAAAAAACAGAAUCUCGCCCUCCGCGAGCGCAACAGCUUGUUGCAGAAAGAGAACAUUGAGCUACAGGCACACGCAGAUAGAGCUAACGACCGCGUGGCCGAGCUCGCCGCAGAGAACAAGAAGCUCGUCACCGAUUGUGACAACGCCAACGACCGCGCCGAUGCCCUGGAUGACCAGGUCAAGAGACUUCAAGCUGCCCUCGGGGAGACGACGAAGCAGCUCCAGUCCAUGUACGAAUCGCAGCAACAAGAUGCUGGACUCAGGAUUGAGGUCGAGCAACUCCGCAAACAGGUGACCAUGGAAAAAGAAGUUCGGAUCUUCACCGAGAAGAGUCAGAAGCAGGAUGCAGGGCUCAGGGCGGAGGUGGAGCAGCUGCGGAAACAGUUGUCAGAAGAGAAAGAAGCUCAUGUGGCUACCGAGAAGAGCCACGAGUUUAUCAUUAAAGAUUACGAGCGCCUUCAGAAGGAUCACAGGGAAGUGUUUGUCCAUUUCAGGGCCUUUAAGGAAGAUCACGUCCACCUCGAAAAGGAAAACGAGAAGCUGCACCGCGAGAACAAGGAUCUCAAGGAAGAAGUACUCAAGCUGAAGAGUCAGCCGCGACAAGAUGAGAAGAAACGGGCAAGGAAGACUCAGGUCACCUAUACCCGGUGGUAUGAUGAUAAGACGAGCACGACUGGUACGACUGCAUGA